GCAUAGGUGAUUACUGUGGUAUGUUCUCAGGAUCGGUUACUGGCUUCAGUGUGUGUGUGAUCACUGAACUGGUAGCACGUCCGACUCCUUAACGCAGCUCUUGCUCAUUAGGACAACCAUGUGGCUGGAGAUCCUGGUGGCGCUGGUAGUGGUGGGGAUGACUCUGAGGUUUUGGUACACAUACACGUCAGGCCACUGUACCAGCACCAGGUCCAUGGCGGGCAAGACGGUCAUUAUCACCGGUGGCACUGCAGGAAUUGGAAAGGAGACUGCUCGUGACCUGCUCCGGCGCGGCGCCCGAGUCAUCAUCGCUUGCAGGAAUAUGGAGAAAGGACGCAAAGUGGCAGAUGAGCUCCGGUCUGCCAGUAACGCCGGCGGGGAGGUGUUGGUGCGCCGCUUGGACACCUCCGAUCUGUCCUCCGUCAGGACCUUCGCAAAGGAGGUGCUGGACACCGAGAAGGCCAUCCACGUGUUGAUCAACAACGCGGGUAUUUAUGGUAUGGGGAAGAGACAGGUGACAGCUGACGGUCUCGAAUUGACCAUGGCAACCAACCACUUCGGCCACUUUCUACUGACCAACUUGCUGCUGGGACGUCUAAAGGAAUCUGGAAAAAGUCGUGUCGUCAACGUGUCUUCUUUGGCACACAAGUUUGCUCCUGAUUUUGACUUGAAUGAUUUGGCCAUAAGCAACAACUACACUCCAAACAAAGCUUAUGCCGCCAGUAAAUUGUGCAACGUGCUAUUCACCCGGGAACUGGCGGACAAGAUGGCUGGCACUGACAUGACGGUCAACAGCCUACAUCCAGGACUCGUGCGGACUGAAAUCUUCGAUUCAAUGAACUUCUCUUUGUUGACUUUCUUGACGCACAUUAUGCUGGUCAUUGCCUCCAAGGACGCUAUCUCCGGUGCGCAGACCAACAUCCAUUUGGCAGUGUCAGAAGAGGUGGAGGGCGUGAGUGGCCGAUACUUUGCUGACUGCAAGGAUGCUCCCAUGGAUGAUAUGGCGCUCCGCAAGGACUUGGCCACCGGGCUGUGGGAGGCCAGCAUAAAGGCUGUUGGACUGAAGAAAGACGAGAUCCACUACUGACCCCCUGGCCUCUACCAGUCGCCAUGCUUUGGUCGUGCUGGUCACCCAUUAUUACCGAGACCCCGAACUACCCACCAUUCCUUUCCUAACCAGUCGCUGAAUUGUCUCCUACCUUCCCUGUCUCCAUUGCCUUGUAUUGUUUUCUUAUUUAAUUUCUUCUGUCUUCCAUAAUCAUUCUGAAUACGAGCAUCACUGCCAACCCUCUGACCUUCGAAUACCUGGGCAAUAUCGAUUUGACUUGAUCUGUUUCAUUUGUCGAGGCAAUUUUGGAAAUAAAUCAGCCAACCUUCCGAAUGUCUCUAUCUGAUCUUUUGGGAGUGGCAGUUGAAUUGACUUAACUUUUCUUUUCUUUCUUUCUUUUUCUUUUUUCUUUUUUUUUACUUGCUACCCAUUAUAAAAAAUGUUUAAAUUGGAAAGAUUUAUUGGACUGGAAUUUUUUUCUUCUUACCUUGAGCUAGUAAGGUCUCGCAGAUCUUUCAAACAGGAUUUGUUUUCUGGGUCUGCAAAAAAUUGAAACGAAACAUCGCGUAUUUAAUGUAGCUGUUACAAUUAAAACAAAUUUUGAGGAAGGAAAAAAAAAAACCUUCAUUGAUUCAUAUGAUUUUGAAUUAUUAACCAAUAAAGUAAAACAUUUUUAGAUUUAUAACAUAAAUUGAGUGUCUGCUCUUUUGCCUAGCCAUAUGGUGUGUGCCUUCCUCUUUUCAGAUGAAAUUACUGUCCCUCUAUCUUGAAAGCUUUCAUCUUGGGGUCAUUCAUUUUCACUUUCACUAUAAUUCCUUUAACACACACGUUGACUUUAAUGUCUAAUUGCAAGAAGAAAAAUACUGGGCAAGUUAUGAUCCUGUUGCAGAAUUAUCUGUCAUCACAUUCCCUGAAUCUAAGUCACAGAAGCUAUAUUAGGUAACUGAUUCAUUUUAAGAUAGAUUACUUACUGGGGUACUAGUUCUCAUUGGUGCAUUUAUUACAACUGAGUGGCGAUGUAAUGUAAUUUAUAUUGUGCAAUAAAAUAUCAAACUCUU